AUGGCGGCGGACAAGCGUCAUGAGAGAAUGCUGGAAGAGAUCUUGAGGAUGCCAGGCAAUGAUACGUGUGCCGAUUGUCAUGCCACUGCUCCGAGAUGGGCAUCUGUCAACCUGGGUAUAUUCCUCUGUGUAGGCUGUGCUUCUGUACAUCGUAAAUUGGGGACCCAUAGGUCCAGAGUUAAAUCCGUCACGCUUGACUCUUGGACCCGUGAGCAAAUCACAGCGUGUCGAACCAUCGGCAACACUCGUUCCAACGCCAUAUACAAUCCGAACGAAGGGCUUCAUCCGCCUCCCACAGCGACAGGCUCGGAAGAUCGAGACUCAGAGAUUGAAAAGUACAUCAGGCGGAAAUACGAACAGGGAGCGUUCAAACCGGGUGCCAAUACUGCCACCUCUCGACACGCUCCCACCUCGUUGAAUAGAGCUAGAGAAGCCAAUGGGAGGUUAGUUUUGGGAAGUGUCACGGGUGCCUCUUAUGGCAAUGGAGUGGGUGGUCCUUCCAAAUCCAGCAGAGCCGGACCCCAUAUCUCGAGAUCAAAUCCUGUCAAUCCCGAAUUGGAAGACGUUCUGAUACUCACGCCUUCGGACUCCACCAAGGAGAGGGACCUGCCUGCUCUACCCGCUGCAAGGGGCGAUGCUCUCCCUCGAGCUCGACCUUCUCGAAGUCCGACUGCGAAUGAUCAAGCGACACCGUCAAAGCCUUUCGUUCAGAAUCCUUUCGGCACCACUCCGUCAACUGCCGCAACGACGAUGAAUUUGAUCAAUUUUGACGGUGCUCCGUCCAGUACUCGACCUCUGCAAAUUGGUUCAGGGGAUCCGAAUCAAAUGAUGCAGCAGGGCUACGCGUCCUUCUCAUCGCCGGGCUCAUCCAAUACCGGUAACCCGUUCACUCAGCAAAUGGGAAAUAUGUCAUACCAGUCUCAACCAUUCGGUUUUCAAGGUGCGGCUAAUGGAUACCCAAAUGCAUUCGGAGCCAAUAACCCAUUCAACGCUUCGAGUGGCAUGCCUUCGUAUCAGGCUCAAUCGCCAUCCCCGUUUCACCAGUCGCAACCGUCCCCGUUCGCGCAGCCGCUGCAGCAUCCUCAGAUGUCGAUGUACCAGCAAUCUGCUCAAGGCUUCCAGGCUCCGGGCGGGAUGAUGGACAACAUGGGUUACAAUGGAUAUACCGGAAUGAGUGGGAUGAACGGAGUGAAUGGGCAGAUGAUGGGGUCCGUCGGUUUCAAUGGCAUGAGUGGCAGUUACGGAGGGGAUCCGAAUGGACAUGGGGGAUGGGCUGGAGGACCGGGAUAUGCGAAUGGGAUGAGCUAG